AUGAGCUCACCCCUUUCCUCCUACGUCUUUGACGAGUAUGGCAUGACCUGGAUCACUUGUGAUCUUUGCAGUGGCUCGUUCCAACGCGAAGCUCAAAUCUGCAAGCUCUGCCAAGGGAGCAAGGUCCGUAGGGUUUCCUAUGACUAUCUCGCUGGGGCGUCUGCUCCUCCACAGGUGCAACAUCAGGGGGGCAACCCGCCUGCACCACCAAAGCGCGACAAUAACAACAACCAUGGAUCGCCGCCAAGCAACCAAGGCGUGUACAGCCGUCCCUCUUCCUGA